AUGUCUAGGAGAGCCCCGAACCCCGCCGCUGAGCGGGCGGCGCAAAACCAAGCUACCAUCAAGAGUCUCCUCAAGCUGGAAGCCAACAAGGUCUGCUCUGAUUGCAAAAGAAACAAGCAUCCUCGAUGGGCCAGCUGGAAUCUUGGCGUCUUCAUCUGUAUCCGAUGCUCAGGCAUCCACCGUGGCAUGGGCACUCACAUCAGCCGAGUCAAGUCCGUCGACCUCGAUUCCUGGACCGACGAACAACUUCAGAGCGUACUGAAAUGGGGCAAUGCCCGCGCCAACAAAUACUGGGAGGCAAAGCUUGCGGCUGGUCACGCUCCCUCCGAAGCCAAGAUCGAGAAUUUUAUCCGAACAAAGUACGAACUCAAGCGAUGGGUGAUGGACGGCCCCAUGCCCGAUCCUGCGACCCUGGACGUUGAAGGCGACGACGAUGUACCCCUUAGUCUCGUCAAGGAGAAGCAGGUCAUAGAGCGCAAAGAAUCUCUCAGGAAGGCUUCCCUAGGCAACUCAUCAGCACCAAGGGCCGUCCCCCCUCCUCAGGGGGAUCUUAUCGGUGGAGAUCCUGUUCCUGUGCGAUCGAGCAGCGCUGCUCCUCAGUCAUCCAAGGUCCCCCCCAAGGGUGAACCUGCUCCCCCACGAACAAUAAGCACAAAGGAUUCGCUACUCGGACUCGACUUCUUCGGAGAUCCCCAGGCCCCUCCACGACCAGCCAGCACAACCGGUACCGCCCCAAGCGGCCAGUCACGACCUGACUUAAAGCAGUCUAUCCUCUCUCUGUAUGCAUCUGCACCUCGAACCCAACCCCAGGCUCAGCCACAGCAGCCUCCAUCUGCUGGAUUCGGCGGUUUCGCUUCUCCCACUUUUAGUCACCAGUCACAAGGUUCAGUCGGUGGUUUCAACGAUGCCUUCAGCAAUCUCAGCGUUUCGAACGCACCCAAACCCGCUGCCCCCGAUCCUUUUGCCAGCCUUGGUUCUGCUGGCCGUACAACAUCCAGCAGCAGCAAUGCAUUUGGCGGCCUAGGAGGAGGUAGUUUCUUUGACAGCAAGCCCUCGCAACCCUCGGCUCCCACUCACCAGCACCAAUCUUCCAACUUUUCCAACUUCGGCGGCUUUUCCUCCCCCGUGCCUGCACCUGCUGCAGCCCCAGCCGCGCCCAAGCCUGCUCAAUCUUCUGCUAUGGGCGAUCUCUUUGAUCUUUCUGCACCUGUGACCACAUCGCCUCCACCGCCACAGCCCGCAGCCGCUUCCACCAGCUCCGUCUUCAACCUCUCUUCCCCUCAAAGCCCUCCCGCCGCUGCACCUACCAGUAACACAACAAGCUCUAUGGGUGGUUUUUCUGGUGCUGAUGUCUGGGGUGGAAGCGAAUGGGGAGCCCCUGCCGCAGCUCCAGCACCUGUUCAGAAGGCCCCUGAACCAGAAAAGUCUGCAUCUAACGACUUUGGAUGGGGUAACGCGGGAGGCGCUUUCGCUAACACUCCCAUAGUCCCCGGAGCAUCUGGAGGCUUGACAUCUGGCGGUUUCAACCCUAUCGCAUCACCCAAGGUGUCAGCCGACGAGGAAUUUGGAGGAUGGACCAGCAGCGGGCCUGCUGCCAGUGGAAGCACUGGUCAAACAAAGUCCGGCGGCUUCGGUGGAGAUGAGGACUUGUUCUCUAAUGUGUGGCAGUAG